AUGGUUUACGGUGUUACAACAUCCGGUUCAUCUUCGCCCCGCCCCACUUUUUUGACCCACGUGUGGACAGUGUGUUUUGAUGGUUUACAUUUAGUUGUUUUUAAAAAGAUUUAAGAAAGUGACGGCUCUUCUGUUCACAUGGAUCUCGCAUCUAGAGACUCUUACAUCCAGAAGUUCGCAAGUAAAGCAUUUUCUCAACAAGACCAGGCACCGAAGAAAAGGCCGUUUGCUCAUUUCACAGGAAAAACUGAUAUUGGUGCACCAAAGAAGAAGAAAAAGUGUAAAAAGAAACAUGCAAAAGAAAGGCACACAGAUGAGAAGACAAACCUAUCUAAACCGAAGACUUUGGACAAAAGCUCAGUAACAGGAAAACCAAGUGGCCCCAAAGAUGAUAGCAGAAAUGGAUCCAUAACACAGACGUCUAAAGGUUUUAAAGUCCAGUCCAACUUCUCAACAGUAGACGUUCUACGCCAGAGGUUACAUGAAAAGAUUGAAGAGUCCCGAGGACAGGGAGCCCCACAUGCGCCUUCAGAGGCUGUCCUGGCAAAGCGAGCAAAGAGAAAGCUGGAGAGGGAGCGCAAGAAGAGAAAGAGGAAGGAGUUCCAAAUGAAGAAGCUGGCUGACGAAAAUGGCGAAGAGGUAGAGCAGGUAGAGACAAAGCAGGAAAAACCACCGGGCCCUGCUGCAAGCAAAAGGAACGAAACCAGUAUUGUCUUCAACAAGAUAGAAACUGUGGAAAGUGUUUAUUUAAGCAAAGAACAGAAAAAGAAGAACAAGAAACAGGUGACUAAAGGCGAGUUGACGCCACUGACGGGAAAGAACUACAAGCAGUUGCUUAGCCGCGUGCAGGCACGUAAGGAAAAGGUGGAGAAGUUGCGGGAGAAAGAUGAAGGGAAGGCCCGUCAGAUGGAGGAGAAGAUGAAAUGGACCAACCUCCUUUAUAAGGCAGAGGGCAUCAAGAUCAAAGAUGAUGAAAACAUGCUGCGCACCAGGCUGAAGAACAAGGAGAAGAGACGUGACCAGAGAAAGAAGACAUGGGCCACGCGCAGCGAGAAUAUCAUAGGGAAGAUGCAGCAGCGUCAAGACAAGAGGCAGAGGAACAUUCAGAAACGCAAGCAGAUGAAAACGGAGAAAAAGAAGGACAGAGCACGAAAGAAAGGCAGAAUUCUGCCAGAGGACUUGAAAAAGGUAGCACUGUAACAGAAAGAGGAAAGAGUUGUUUUAU